ACCCGCACACGCAGCGAGGCGCGCACCCCGCGGCAGGCAGGCAGGCAGCGGGCGGGCAGCACGGGCUCCGCGGGGCUGCCGGCCCCCGCCGCCGCAUGCGGGCCCCCGCCGCCCCGCCGCCGUCCGCGGCCCCCGCGCCCGCCCCGCCGCCGCCCGCCGCCGUCUGAUGAGCCGCGGGCCCGCCGCCCCGGGCUGCCGCCGCCCCGCCGCCCCGCCGCGCCCCGCCGCCCGCCACCAUGUACCUGCACCCGGAGGCUGCCAGCGCAGGGGCUCCCUCCCGCGACGUCCUCCUCGUCUCAGCCAUCACCACCGUCAGCCUUAGCAUCACCAUCGUACUCUGCGGGAUCUGCCAGUGGUGCCAGCGCAAACUGGGUAAGCGUUACAAGACUUCCCUGGAGACUGUGGGAACUCCAGACUCCAGCCGAGGCCGCAGUGAAAAGAAAACCAUCAACGAUCUAGACAGAGACUUUUGGAAUAACAAUGACAACACAGUGCAGCAGAAAUGGAGCUCCUACCCUCCCAAGGAGUUUAUACUAAACAUUUCACCUUACGCCCCGUAUGGUGAUCCGCGGCUUUCCCUCAAUGGCUCUCUGUUAUCAGGGGCCAAGCUGACGGCGUCGGCCGCUGCGGGGUUGGCGGGGGAGCGUGACGGCCGCCCUGGGGAGAAGCAGCGGCUCGGCGAGGACGGCAUGAAGAGCAGCAUCUCUGCCCACAGCGAGCCCAGCGCGGGGAAGGCGGCACGCGGCCGCUGGCACACAGUGCAGAGCCACUUGGCCGCAGGGAAGCUCAGCCUGUCCAAUUUCGAGGACUCCACCUUGUCCACAGCCACUACCCUUGAGUAUAUCCCCACCUCAGCAGGCGACCCCAAAUGCCAGAGGCCCCGCACGCUCAUGCGCCAGCAAAGUCUGCAGCAACCCCUCAGCCAGCACCAGCGCGCCAACCACAGCCAGCCCACCACCAGCCAGAGCCUGGGCCACCUCCAGGCCCACAGUGGCUCCUCCGCCAGCGCCGGCAACCCCCGGGGCUCCCGCGGCGGCCAGGCGCGCCAGGGCAUCGCCGCCGGCUCCAAGCAUCGGAUGGCUGGUGGCCGGAGCCGCUCCAAUCCUGGCAGCUGGGACCAUGUGGUGGGGCAAAUCCGCAACCGCGGCUUGGACAUGAAGUCCUUCCUGGAAGGCCGGAUGGUGGUGUUAUCCCUGGUUUUGGGACUCUCAGAGCAAGAUGACUUUGCCAAUAUCCCCGACCUGCAACCUGCUGGGACACAGCCGAACCAGCCGAACGCUCAGGGGGACAAGAGGUUGCCGGCUGGCGGCAAGGCGGUGAACACAGCACCGGUGCCCGGGCAGCCACCGCAUGAUGAGUCUGACCGCAAGACAGAGCCUCGCUCCUCCGUCUCCGACCUGGUCAACUCCCUGACCAGCGAGAUGCUCAUGCUGUCCCCAGGCUCCGAGGACGACGAGGGCCACGAUGGUGUCAGCCGGGAGAACCUGGGCCGCAUCCAGUUCAGCGUUGGCUACAACUUCCAGGAGUCCACCCUGACUGUCAAGAUCAUGAAGGCACAGGAGCUGCCAGCCAAGGACUUCAGCGGCACCAGCGACCCCUUUGUCAAGAUCUACCUGCUCCCUGACAAGAAGCACAAGCUGGAGACCAAGGUGAAGAGGAAGAACCUCAACCCACACUGGAAUGAGACCUUCCUCUUUGAAGGGUUCCCCUACGAGAAGGUGGUGCAGCGGGUGCUGUACCUUCAGGUCCUGGACUAUGACCGCUUCAGCCGCAAUGACCCCAUUGGGGAGGUGUCCAUCCCUCUCAACAAGGUGGACCUCACCCAGAUGCAGACCUUCUGGAAGGACCUGAAGCCGUGCAGCGAUGGCAGUGGAAGUCGUGGGGAGCUGCUACUGUCGCUGUGCUACAACCCCUCUGCCAACUCCAUUGUGGUGAACAUCAUCAAAGCGCGUAACCUCAAAGCCAUGGACAUCGGGGGCACAUCAGACCCCUAUGUGAAGGUGUGGCUGAUGUACAAGGACAAGCGGGUGGAGAAGAAGAAGACAGUGGUCAUGAAGCGGUGCCUGAACCCCGUCUUCAACGAGUCUUUUGCCUUUGACAUCCCCACAGAGCGGCUGCGCGAGACAACCAUCGUCAUCACCGUCAUGGACAAGGACAGGCUGAGCCGCAACGAUGUCAUUGGCAAGAUCUACCUGUCCUGGAAGAGCGGCCCCGGGGAGGUGAAGCACUGGAAGGACAUGAUCGCCCGUCCCCGGCAGGCAGUGGCACAGUGGCACCAGCUGAAGGCCUGAGCACCCCAGGACUGUGGGACUGGGGGUCCCCCUUCCCAGCCCCCAUCACCCCACUGCGGGGCUCCCAGUGAGGAGGCGAGGGACCAGUGGGACAGUGGCCCAGCUCAUGGGGACCCUGCGGUAGGAGGGGGACGGAGCCCCUUGCCCUCCACUUUUGGCUCUCCCCGGUGCUGGGGUGUGGGGGGCACGCAGCCGCCCGGGACCCCUGGCCUAGAAGGGUGCCAGAAGCGAUGACCCCCCCUCCCCAUCCCCACCACUGAGCAGAACUUCUGCAAGUGCUUCCAGCCCCAGUCCCUGGGAGCCCCUCUGCCUCUCCCCAGCCUCACCCCCUAUUUCAGGGGGCCAGGCCGUGGGUGUGAGAGGGACUCCCACCUCUCCUCCCCUUUCAGCUCAAUAAAACCUCUCCGAGCCGUCAGCGUCGCCUGAGCGGGGCCACAGAGUCCCCCCCCCAUGCCCUGUCUCAUCCCCACCACCCUCCCCGAGCCCCCCAGCCAUGCUGGGCUGGCACGGGGUGGGGGGCACCUGGAGGGGAGGGCAGCCCCCUUCCCCGGGGCCAGGCAUGGGCUCCUGGGAUCGGAAGCCAUGACACAGUUCGUUAGCCAAAGCGGGCUCGCUUGUGCACUGCCUUCAGCCGGGUUUGAUGCUUUACCUCCGCCUUCAGGCUCGGUGGGAGCGGGAGGUUGAUAACCCCAUCCUGGAGCUUGGCUACCCGUAUGGGGACCCCACCAUCCUGCCCCCACCCCAGCUUUCUCCCCCGUUACACCCCCCCCCAGGCACGUCCCUGUGGGGCUGGACAGGGGACUGGCCUCAAGCCAGGCAGUGGGCCCCCAAGGGGAUGCUGAGCCCCAGGGCAUCCCUUUCCAGCCAGGCUAACCCACACACCAGGGCUGGACCAGGACCCCUAUGAGCCCCGUGCCCAAUACUGGGGCCCCUGGGAGGGAGCAAGUGCCAUUGUCCCCAUCCUGGGCUGGUGGCCAGCCAGCCAGGCACGAGCAGUGCCAGAAGCAUCCCCAUGCUGCCUGCAUGUCCCUGUCAGCUCCCCCUGGGAUGCACGUGCUGGACCCC